GUCUGAUGAUCAUGACUGCAGUCCUUCAAAACAAUAUACAGCUAAAAGUGAUCUUUUUAAAUAUCUCGGCUUGGACAAGAAUGACUCUGAGAAUACCAGAAUGUGGCCCAUGAUAUUCACUUACUUCCACCCUGUCAAUAUUUUUGUGGACCUGUAUGUGACCUCCAUCAUUAAUGUGGAUGAAAAAGCCCAGAGUCUCACGACACAGAUCAAAAUACUAACACACUGGCCAAAUUGGAAUAUGCAGUGGAAUAAAAGGACAUUUUGUGGAAUUGAAACAUUUGUUGCCCCCAAAAAUAUGUUUUGGACUCCAGACAUUUCUAUAAUGGAAAGCAUCAGGACAGAGUUUGGAACAAAGGAGUCUCCAAAUUUGCUGUUGUUCAAUUACGGCGCUAUAGUCUCAGCUGACUUUUUAUCCCUGACCACGGCCUGUAAGAUGGAUCUCUACAGGUUUCCCUUCGAUGCCCAAAGCUGCUAUAUAACAUUUCAGUCUACAGUAUAUUCAGGUACAUCUGAAACACAAAAAUCAGUUUUGACAAACAAACACAAGAUAACAUGGUUUAUUCUUCUAAACUAUUUGACUUUAAUAUGA